AUGGUUGAAAGAUUGGUGGAGAAUCAUAAUUUAUGUGAUGACCAACAAGUGUUGAACGAUGAAUGUGGUAGGAUGAAUAUGAAUAUUCCAAAUGAAGAGCGUGAAGGUCAACAUAUUCUUUCUCCUGAAGUUCGGAAUAGAUUGCCCAUUAUUGGUGAAGUUGCUGAUAGUCAUGUUCAAGAUGAUGGAACAGGUUUUUGCAAAGAUAUGCCGUUUAAGAAUAAACAAGAAUUAGAUAUUGCAUUGAAAAUUGCUUAUGUCAAAAAAGAUUUUAGAUUGAAGAAGGAAAUUAAUUCGUGUUCAGUGUAUUAUGUCAAAUGUGAGCAUCUUGAGUGCAAGUGGUGGCUAAGAGCGGUGAAAGUUGAAAACUCUGAUAGAUUUUAUAUUAAAAAGUAUGAAAAAAUGCAUACAUGUGGCUCGGAACAUCUUACGAGUCAUAAUCCACAUGCCACAACAAAAGUCAUUGGAGCAUACUUCAAAGAUAGAUAUCCCGAAGGUAAAGGUCUAUCUACAAAAGAUUUGAAAAACUCUAUCCGUAUUGAAUUGGGAUGCAAGGUUAGUUAUUGGAAAGUUUGGAUGGGUAGCGAGAUUGCAAAGUCUUUGGUAAGAGGGACACAUGAACAUGGAUAUGGAGUGAUUGAUGCGUAUAGUCAUAUGCUUAGGACAUCUAAUCCGGGAAGUAAAACGGCGUUGAAGAUUGAUGAAAAUGGCAGGUUCAAGUACUUUUUUGUGGCAUAUGGAGCUUGGAUUCUUGGUUUCGCACAAAUGAGAAAAGUCAUAGCUGUUGAUGGGACAUUUUUGAGAAGUAAAUAUGGUGGUGUGUUGUUGUCUGCUGUUGCACAGGAUGCGGAGAAUCAUAUUUUUCCGGUGGCAUUUUGCGUAGUAGACUCUGAAUGUGAUGCUUCCUACCGAUACUUUUUCGAGCAAUUGAGAAGUUUUGUACUUGAUACUCCUGAAUUGUGCAUAAUCUCUGAUAGACAUCAAAGUAUUAGAAAAAUGGUUUCAAUUGUAUUUCCUUUAGCUCAUUAUGGUUGUUGCAUGAGGCACUUAGGAGAAAAUAUUCGAAAUAAUUUUCACAAUGCGAGUGUUGUCUACCACUUUUAUAAGGCGGCAAAAGCAUAUAAUAUUGAUGUGUUCAGUGAUCAUUUUAAUCGGAUAAGAGAUUUGGUUCCACAGGCUGCCACACAUCUUGAACGCGUUGGAUUUCACCGAUGGAGCAGGGCAUUCUUUCCCGGAAAUAGGUACAAUAUUAUGACGACAAAUAUUGCUGAGUCGGUUAACUCAAUGUUUCUUGAUGAAAGAGAAUAUCCCAUUACUGCUCUAUUUGAUGCAAUAAACAGGCGAUUUGCAGAAAAAUUUCAUGAGAGACGUAUGAAAUUCAUUAAUGCACCAACCAUCUUCGUCCCUUCGAUAGAAAAAGACAUUGCAAAAAAUAUUAAUUUGGGGAACAAGCUAUUGGUCCAUCAAACUGCCAACUACAAGUAUAUUGUCACCGGUCAAGAUGAAGUUGCAACAGUUGAUUUGCUAGCCAAAUCUUGUACUUGUAAAGUCUUUGACAUUGACAAAAUACCUUGUCCACAUGCUAUGGCAGCGCUUCGAUGCCAAUAUGGUGAUGACUAUGGGAGACGCAUUUAUGAGUACUCCUCUUCGUAUUACAAUGUAGAGGUAUACCUUAUUGCAUAUGUGGAGGAAAUUAAACCGGUGCCAUCUAAAGAAACUUGGGAAGUUCCUAUUGAGAUUUUAGAGAGAAAAAUAUCUUCUCCAUUUGUUGAGCCAGGCAAGGUUGGAAGAAGGUCCUCAAAAAGACAUAAAGAAAUCGGGGAAUCAUUUUCAACGAAGAAAAAUAAAUGUUCUUUAUGCAAAAGAAUUGGUCACAAGAGAACUACAUGCUCCGAGCGAAAUGUUGCAUAA